AUGGCCGAUGCAGAUGAAGGCUUUGGCCUUGCGCACACGCCUCUGGAGCCUGACUCCAAAGACAGGUCCUGCGAUUCAAAACCCGAGAGCGCUCUGGGGGCUCCCAGCAAAUCACCCUCAUCCCCACAGGCCGCUUUCACCCAGCAGGGCAUGGAAGGAAUCAAGGUGUUUCUUCAUGAAAGAGAAUUGUGGCUGAAGUUCCAUGAAGUGGGCACAGAGAUGAUCAUCACAAAGGCGGGGAGGCGGAUGUUUCCUAGUUACAAAGUGAAGGUGACUGGCCUUAAUCCCAAAACGAAGUACAUUCUUCUCAUGGAUAUUGUUCCCGCGGACGACCACAGAUAUAAAUUUGCAGAUAAUAAAUGGUCUGUAACAGGCAAAGCUGAACCUGCCAUGCCUGGCCGCCUGUAUGUGCACCCGGACUCCCCGGCGACUGGAGCACACUGGAUGCGACAACUUGUCUCCUUCCAGAAACUGAAGCUCACUAACAACCACCUGGACCCAUUUGGGCAUAUUAUCCUGAACUCCAUGCACAAAUACCAGCCCCGAUUACACAUCGUGAAAGCAGACGAAAAUAAUGGAUUUGGUUCAAAGAAUACUGCGUUCUGCACCCACGUCUUUCCGGAGACCGCGUUUAUCGCUGUGACUUCGUACCAGAAUCACAAGAUUACACAGCUGAAAAUCGAGAACAACCCCUUCGCCAAAGGCUUUCGGGGCAGCGAUGACAUGGAACUGCACAGGAUGUCUCGGAUGCAAAGCUCUGAGCCACCACGGCAGGCCUCACAGCCUACAGCCACCUCUCAACAGGUGUCUGAUGUCAUCCCUGUCCCCUCCUAUCGCAGCAAAGUGACUCUGCUAAACACAACAUCUAGCCGGUACGCGUGUGUUCCCUUCCUUGUACACGGAGGUCAGGGGACAGCCUGGGCUGUCACUCCAGAUGAAGAAUGCUCCAGCACCGAGCACCCCUACAAGAAGCCAUACAUGGAGACAUCCCCUAGCGAGGAGGAGGCCUUUUACCGCCCAGGCUACCCCCAGCAGCAGGGCCUGAGUGCCUCUUACAGGACAGAGUCAGCCCAGCGGCAGGCUUGCAUGUAUGCCAGCUCCGCACCACCCAGCGAGCCCGUGCCCAGCCUGGAGGACAUCAGCUGUAACACAUGGCCUAGCAUGCCCUCCUACAGCAGCUGCACGGUCACCACAGUGCAGCCCAUGGACCGCCUACCCUACCAGCACUUCUCGGCUCACUUUACUUCGGGGCCCCUGGUCCCUCGGCUAGCCGGCAUGGCCAACCAUGGGUCUCCUCAGCUCGGCGAGGGGAUGUUUCAGCACCAGACCUCGGUGGCCCAUCAGCCUGUGGUCAGGCAAUGCGGGCCUCAGACUGGCCUUCAGUCUCCAGGUGGCCUCCAGCCCCCCGAGUUCCUCUACUCUCACGGCGUGCCCAGGACCCUGUCCCCACACCAGUAUCACUCAGUACACGGCGUUGGCAUGGUGCCAGAGUGGAGUGAGAACAGUUAA